CCAUAUUGACAGAGCUGGGAGGGGGCCCGAGGGAGCUGGGAGCUGGCGGGGGGGCGGGGGGGAGUCACCGCCGAACGACUGUCGCGGCGUUGGCGGCAGUGGUGAGCACAAACCGAGCGGCAGCUCUUUGAGAGGCAGCACAGAGUUGUCUUCUCCGUGGGGAGCAGCAGCCUGCGGUGGCGACGACCCCUCGCUCCGAGUCUUUGAGGGACCCCACGGCGAAGGCAGCUGUCGCUGAAGGCGAGGCUGGGGAUCCCGGCGGUGGCGGCGGCGCAGUGGCAGGCAGGCUCCAAAAACGGGAUGCGCGGCCGCGCGGGCAGUUGGCAGCUCCUGUUCGAGUGCUCCUGAAGGGGCGAUGCUACCGUUCGCUCCUCAAGACGAGCCCUGGGACCAAGAAAUGGAGGUGUUUGGCGGCAGCGCAAGCAGCGGCGAGUGUGCUAGCUGCCAAUUUGAGGGACAGCUGCUGACUCCAGCUCUCUAUUGAACACCGGGUGCUUUAGGAACCCAGCGCAACAGAAACAGCAAGGUGACGAACUCUGGGGACAUUUACACAUAGGGAUGAAUGCUCCUUAGUUACUUUUCUCAUUUCUUUGUGGCUUGUUGUGGUUCUUUGUAACAACCUAAGUGGAGAUUAACUGGAGGCAAGGUUUCUUUAUCUACACUCAGGUGAUGUUCUGCAGCCUCCUUGGCGGUCUCCUGAAUUCUACCGCCCUCUUCCGCCCCUUCUCCCUUUGCCCAACUGCUGUCCCCGCCCCGUUGGUCAGUGAAAGAACAGGCAAAGUAAACUCCAGCCCUUAUGAGAGGAAUCUUUGUAUGUUUUAGGUAUUAUAGAGAUUUAACAAUGGGUCUCUCUACCUCAGCAAUUUGGAAAAAUACUGGAGUGGAAAUUGUUAAUCCCUAUGAAGUAAAACGAAAGGUGAAGGUGAAUGGUCUUAAAAUGGUUGAUGAGCCAAUGGAAGAGGGAGAAGCAGAUUCUUGCCAAGAUGAAGGAGUUGUUAAAGAAAUCCCUAUUACUCAUCAUGUUAAGGAAGGAUAUGAGAAAGCAGAUCCUGCACAAUUUGAGUUGCUCAAAGUUCUUGGUCAGGGAUCCUUUGGAAAGGUAUUUCUCGUUAGAAAGAAGACCGGUCCUGAUGCUGGACAACUCUAUGCAAUGAAGGUGUUAAAAAAAGCUUCUUUAAAAGUUCGAGACAGAAUUCGGACAAAGAUGGAGAGGGAUAUACUGGUGGAAGUAAAUCAUCCAUUUAUUGUCAAAUUGCACUAUGCCUUUCAGACUGAAGGGAAGCUGUAUUUAAUAUUGGAUUUUCUCAGGGGAGGAGAUGUCUUCACAAGAUUAUCCAAAGAGGUUCUGUUUACAGAGGAAGAUGUGAAAUUCUACCUUGCAGAACUAGCCCUUGCUUUGGAUCAUCUGCAUCGAUUAGGAAUUGUAUAUAGAGACCUGAAGCCAGAAAACAUUUUGCUUGAUGAAAUAGGACAUAUCAAGUUAACAGAUUUUGGACUCAGCAAGGAAUCAGUAGAUCAAGAGAAGAAGGCCUACUCAUUUUGUGGUACAGUGGAGUAUAUGGCUCCUGAAGUAGUAAAUAGGAGAGGUCAUUCCCAGAGUGCUGAUUGGUGGUCAUAUGGUGUACUUAUGUUUGAAAUGCUUACUGGUACUCUGCCAUUUCAAGGUAAAGACAGAAAUGAGACCAUGAAUAUGAUAUUAAAAGCAAAACUUGGAAUGCCUCAGUUUCUUAGUGCUGAAGCACAAAGUCUUCUAAGGAUGCUAUUCAAAAGGAAUCCAGCAAAUAGAUUGGGUUCAGAAGGAGUUGAUGAAAUCAAAAGACAUCUUUUUUUUGCAAAUAUUGACUGGAAUAAAUUAUAUAAAAGAGAAGUCCAGCCGCCCUUCAAACCUGCUUCUGGAAAACCAGAUGAUGCUUUUUGUUUUGAUCCUGAAUUUACUGCAAAAACACCUAAAGAUUCUCCUGGUUUGCCAGCCAGUGCUAAUGCUCAUCAACUCUUCAAAGGAUUCAGCUUUGUUGCAACUUCUAUUGCAGAAGAAUAUAAAAUCACUCCUAUCACCAGUGCAAAUGUGUUACCAAUUGUUCAGAUAAAUGGAAAUGCUGCACAGUUUGGUGAAGUGUAUGAAUUGAAAGAGGAUAUUGGUAUUGGCUCCUAUUCUGUUUGCAAGCGGUGCAUACACACCACUACCAACAUGGAAUUUGCAGUGAAGAUCAUUGACAAAAUUAAGAGAGAUCCUUCAGAAGAAAUUGAAAUUUUAAUGCGCUAUGGACAGCACCCCAACAUUAUCACUUUAAAGGAUGUUUAUGAUGAUGGUAGAUAUGUUUACCUUGUUACGGAUUUGAUGAAAGGAGGAGAGCUACUUGACCGUAUUCUCAAACAAAAAUGUUUUUCAGAACGGGAAGCUAGUGAUGUACUGUUUAUAAUAACUAAGACAGUUGACUAUCUUCAUUGUCAAGGAGUUGUUCAUCGUGAUCUUAAACCUAGUAAUAUUUUAUACAUGGAUGAAUCAGCCAGUGCAGACUCCAUUAGGAUCUGUGAUUUUGGGUUUGCAAAACAACUUCGAGGAGAAAAUGGACUUCUCUUAACUCCAUGCUACACUGCAAACUUUGUAGCACCUGAGGUUCUCAUGCAACAAGGCUAUGAUGCUGCUUGUGAUAUUUGGAGUCUGGGAGUCCUUUUUUAUACAAUGUUGGCUGGCUACACUCCCUUUGCUAAUGGGCCCAAUGAUACUCCUGAAGAGAUAUUGCUGCGUAUAGGUAAUGGAAAGUUCUCUUUGAGUGGUGGAAACUGGGACAGUAUUUCAGAUGGAGCAAAGGAUUUGCUUUCUCAUAUGCUACAUAUGGACCCACAGCAGCGGUACACUACAGAGCAAGUAUUGAAACACUCAUGGAUAACCCACAGAGAUCAGUUGCCAGAUGAUCAGCCAAAUAGAAAUAGGACAUCACAUGUUGUUAAGGGAACAGUGGUCGCCACAUAUUCAGCCCUGACUCACAAGACUUUUCAACCAGUCCUAGAGCCUGUUGCUGCUUCAAGCUUAGCUCAGCGACGAAGCAUGAAAAAGCGAACAUCAACUGGCCUUUGAAAGUUUUAGGGUUCCUCAGCCAAACUGGAUGAAGAAAAGAUUAAAUGUGUGGCUUUUUGUCUAAUUGUAUAUCAAAGGCAUUGUUUUCUACUACAUUACUUGAAUAUUCUGAUUAAGCUUCCUUUGUUUAAGGGGGAGUGAGAUAAAAAAAAAACAUAUAUAGGUCCACAAUUUUCAUACUAUGUUGCUUUUCAGUGUUGUCCAAGUAUUUAUUUAAGUAUAUAAUUUGUGUCUACAAAGUCCUACCAACUUCUCUACAUACUAACUUCUACAGUUUCUUUCAGAUUUCUGAUUAUGUAAAAUAAUGUAUUGGGGAAUCAUUACCAACAGUCAAGAUGCAAGUAUAAUAGUAUAAUACCAAACAAUGUCAGUAUUUUUUAACAUUAGGUCCUAAAAGGUUAGACAUCUAUUUUUUUUUAAGGAAAGCAAAAAAGAAAUCAUAGAAUCUUGUCAUUAUGUGUAAACUCCAUUCAUUUGACUCUCUGUAGUUACUAAAAUGUAAACAUAGUUUGGGGCCAGAGCAAAAAUCAUUUGUGCUCAUAUGUGAAAUCCUAAUAUGGUCGAUGCCAAAGUUUUUACAGAAGAAUUAAAUCAUAGAUAAUGUGUGCCGACAGACCUGUAUAUUGUCCAUAAAUGGCCUCAUCUAGAAAUAAAGGCUUCUGUAAAUUUUACAUUGAAUGGAAUUGUAGUACAAGUGAAGAAAUUUUAGCCAAAGGUAUUAUAUUGGUAUUAUAAUCUACUAAAUAGGUCAUAGUUAAGCCUUUGAAAAUAAAGUAUAUGGUGUUGGCACUACCUUGAUGUUAUGUAAACUGACUUUGAAGUUAAUCAAUUGGAUUUAAUUAUCAUCUGUCCUUUUAUAAUGAACUACACUCUUGUUUUUUUUUUUUUUUAUUUCCCUGUGCUUUGAAUUACAGAGUAGCAUAUUUAUCUUUAAUCCUAUGGUUAUAUAGUUGAAAUAUUACUGUAAUGAACUUGUGAGCUUAGCACACAUGAUAUAGUUAUAAUGCAUUUCAGUAAACUUUAGAUAAUACUACAUAAUAGUUAUACUUCAAGAAGAUAAACUGUCUUUUUAAAUAGGAAGUAAUAUUAAUGAUAUGCAUAAAAUUUGAACACAUUUUAAAAUAAUAUUUAUAAUGAAAAGAUCUGGCCAAAUUGGUCCUAUUAUUAAAUUUUAUGAUUCAGAACCACUGCGUAGUAUGUAUUGUUUUCUCUAAAUGAUUGAAUUUGAAAGAAUCUUUUUGUGUUGUUGGAGAAAACACCAUUACUACUACUUUAAGUACCGUUACUACUACUGCUGCUGCUACAACUACUGACAGAAAGAACUCAUGAAUGUAAACUUGAGGAUAUUACACUUUUCUUUAGUGAAUAUAAGUGAUCUACUUAUGUGUGCUUGUUUUACUGUUUACUGUGUAUUUUAUUUUGUUUAGUUCAGAGAGGGGUGAUUACUGAGCUCUGAAGUGUACAGUUUAGGCUAGAAGACUUGUAAUUUCAGUAUUUAAUAAAAGAAACUAUACAUAAUUCUCUUUAUAAUGUAAGUGAUGUAUAUUCCACACACAAAGGUCUGUUUCAUUUGUGUGAUAUAUAAAAGUAUGUGUCCAUAUUUUGAGAUGUCUUUUGCAAUAGUUGAAAGACAUUAAAGAACGUCUUAAUAUUACGUGGAAGAUAUUAUUUAGAAAGACACUGAGAUCAUAUCUUGUGGAUUUCUUUGCCCCAGUUCAGCUUUUUCUUUCAUUUUGCUUUAUUACUAGAAGUACUUGUGUCAUUAUAUUGACUUAUUUUCCUCUUGUUUGUGCUGUAAUGCCUUCUUAUCAGAAUUGGUAUGACAAACUUAGAGAUGUGAUUUUGGUGUUUAACUUUUCAGAACAGAGAUAUCAUUUCUAUAUAUGCUUUUGUAGUAGUAGAAUUAGAAUAAGUAAAGUUGGAAAAUGAAAAUGAUCACAAAAUAACUUUGUCUUUACAUAAGCAAUAGCUUUUUUUUUAAGUAGAUGAUCUUAAUUUUUCAGUGAGUUUGCUCAAAAAGGUUGUGUCAUACACUCCUUUCAUGAAAGGAACAUGGUCAGAAAUAAGCAACAAACAGCAUGAUUCCUCAUCACUCAGUGAAAGUUGAAAUGGUAUAAAAGAUAUAGAUGCUAGUGGAUUUUCCCAAUAAUUGUGAGUUUCCUUCUGGAAAAUUCAAACAUGGUGGCUUAACAACAGUAGUAGGGAGCAACCUUAUUAUAAGGGAAAGCUUCACAUUACACCUUCAUUCUGCAGAAGGAACCCAAGUAGGGAUGCAUAAUCAUGUCCUUUUUGGCUAGAACUCUAGAGCAACAAAAGCAGAUGUGAAUGGGACAUUUUUCAUGGGGUUUCUAUAAAUACUUAACCAAUAAAAGCAAAUCCUUUCUUUGAGACUUUAAAAUACUUUGAUUUCUAAUGGAUUCAUGAACAAUUAUUUUAUAUUGCUUUUCUUUCUAGUUGAUGGUUCUUGAUAGUAUUUAUUAAUAAAGUUGGAGGUUUUAUUGUUGUUCUCAAAGAGAGGAUAUUGUAAUAAUAUUUUUUUUUCUCAAUACCAGAUUUGCCCAGGUAGACUGAACAAUCUGUUGUCCUAAAGUACAUAUUAUUAUGAAUAAACUCAGGAAACCAUUUGUAUAAAAAUUAA